AAGGAGAAACUACUACAAACUUAUAUAAUGACUAAUCGAACGUUCGAAUGUGUUUCUUGUAUAUUAAUAAUCACUUACAUGCAUCGAUUUCUGAACAUUCAAAGCUAUUAUUUGUACCGAACGUGCAGGAUCACGCGACUUAAUGGGGUUCACAAACGGAUGUUAAUGGAUAAAAACACAUCAAAUGAUGCUCCGCCUGUUAGUUGCCUCCCUGUGUUUCGUGGCCGCUGCCCGCUCCAUUACAGCUCCCGCUCAGUGCGCACACGUGACGGAUGCCGAAUUCACGUGCGACUACUCGGCAAUGGACGCCGGAGAGCGUCCAAUAGAUUUCACCGCCUUCGAUCCCAAGCCUCAACAGCUGCACGUUACCGUCAACGGCAUUGUUCCAUACAUAGGCGACACUCAGAUGUUCUCCUCGGCCUUCAGCGGGAUCGACACGGCGACAUUUGAUUCUAACGACCCCGCGUCCCUGACCCUGGACUGUGGGUGGAGCGGGGGUAUCUUCCUGAGCUCUGGAGCCUUCGCCAAUAUGAGUCACGUGCAGCAUUUCUCGAUUCGUAACUGCGGGCUGUAUAACAUUCCCAGCGAGGCAUUCAAAGAGUUGGGAAACCUGGACUACUUCAAAAUAGAAAACGGAAAAAUUGACGAAGUCAACAUCAACGCCUGGAUGAGUCUUAACGUCGAGCGUCUGACGUCAGAUAGUCACGCAAUACCCAGGAAUCUCGGGAAGAUCGAGAUUUCUUUACACGAGACUUUCCACUACUACUUUACCCACUGGUCUGCUUUACAACAUGAAGAAUCUUACGGAGGCUGUUCUCAGAGUAAAUAUUAUGAGUUUGGUCUUAAUUUGGAAACACUCACCAGCGAUAUCUUCAAAUACAACACAAAGAUCAAGUACAUUGACGUAAGCGACAAUCUGUUCACGUCAUUCCCGGAAGAUAUAUUUGAACUUCUCGAUUCUCUUGCGGAGGUGCACGUGGCAAACGUCCCUUGGGGUUGCACGUGCGAAAACACGUGGUUUGUCCCCUACGGUAUUGAAAAGAACAUCAGUUUCCAUGGCGACCUUAGAUGCAGCUCUGGAGACGGUGUAUUCAAGUAUUACUACGACAACUGCGUCUCCAAGGAAACAUGUACAGGAAUCGUCAUGGGAAGUCAGUGCGUCACCGUUCUAGCGAUCAUAGUACUUCUUAUCGCCCUUGCCUCUGCCGUCAUGUCGACAAUCGCCCUGGUUUUGAUAGCGAUUUUGAAGAAAACUCAUGACGCGGCAGACCAGAAGAAGCGAGCGGCAAUUGGUAGAUGGAACCAGGUGAUCGACUCGACGCUUGCAUGGAAACGACCAAAAGUGUAAAAUGAUAAAUCAGGCAAUGUGUUUGCAGCAGGCGUGAAGAUAAUAUUAUAUAGAUUUGGGACUGGUUCAGGGGAACACGGCUUAAUUCAUGUGCGUAACGCGUCUUCAAAGAUUAACCUGAGCAGUGGUCGCACAGGCUUUUCAGGGACGAUACUUUCCUGAGCAGUGUCCGCACAGGCUUUUCAGGGACGAUACUUUAUUAACCUGAGCAGUGUCCGCACAGGCUUUUCAGGGACGAUACUUUCCGACCUGAGCAGUGUCCGCACAGGCUUUUCAGGGACGAUACUUUCCGACUUAACUUGUUUUUUCGAUAAGAAGGAACUUUUUGGAACGAAAAGUAUCAUACAGGCGGAAAGUGUCGUCUCUGACCUAAUAUUAAGGACUGCACCGGCUGGACCACAUUUACGCACAUGCUUUUAACGCCGUUUUCCAGCAGCAAGCUCAUUUCUUUGAUAUAAUAUUUUAUUUUAUUUUACUUUAUUAGCACAGCACACGUUUGACUGUAAAAUAGUAUAUGAAUUAUCAUAAAAUUCGUCCCAUUAGAACUGACAAUACAAUAGCUUAAUACUUUUAAGUAAAAUAAGUUAUUAUCUAUUACCAGUGCUUAUUUGAUUUGUUUGUUCUUAGAAUCAUGUAUAUGUUUGUCAUUGUGUAUUGAUAAACACAUAAAAUAAUAUGUUAGGCUGAGUUAAUGUCGUUUGACAAAUGUUGCUUGCAACUGAAGUAAACAAUAUUUUAUUAAUUGCGCCUCACACGGA